AUGGGUUCGCUCGGCCGCGCCGUCGACUACUCGAAUCCCAUUGUGCCAGGCUUCUCACCUGAUCCUUCCGUGGUAUUCGUCGACGGAACGUUCUUCCUCUGCACGUCGUCCUCACAUGACCUAGGAAAUGCGCUGAGAACACUGAGCAUUGUUGCCCCAAGUAUCCACCGUCACAAGGGAACCUUCUACAUCGUGACAACCAACACGCAUCACAGCGGGUCAUACAAAUGCGCAAACUUCAUCAUCAGCACAGAGAACAUCUGGGGUAACAGAUGGAGUGACCCUGUGUACUUUGAUUUCAACGGUAUUGACACCAGCCUCUUCUUCGAUGACAAUGACCGUGUCUACAUCGAAAUUAACGUUACCACGGGCAAGGCCCUUUCAGAAGCCAUAGAAAUUUGGACUGGGUGGGCCAAAUACGACACGGAAGGCCCGCACAUUUACAAGGUAGACGGAUAUUACUACCUGCUGGCUGCAGAAGGCGGCACCUUUGAGCACCACAUGCUCACGAUAGCACGGUCCACCAACAUCUGGGGCCCAUAUGAAAGCGCGGACACCAACCCUAUCAUGACGGCAGAUGGCAAGGAUGAGUACAUUGAAAAUAUUGGCCACGGCGAUCUGUUCCAAGACCGCGACGGUCGAUGGUGGGCCGCUGUCCUUGGCGUCAGAAAGCAGGAAGACGGGUACCUUGGCCUCGGCCGCGAAUCAUUCCUGUCCCCCGUUGACUGGCCCCGUGGCGGUUGGCCUGUGGUUCGCCAACCCAGGAUGAGCUUCUCGAGGGAGGCGUCGCUGUCCAUGGUCAGUCGUCCUCCGCUCACGGCGCCUCCGUUUGUUGAGGAUCUCUACAUCCGUGACUACGAUCCGUCCAAAUACCGCCAUACCAACGACGGGAAGACCAUAACGCUCACCCCCAGUCGGACGGAUUUUACGUCCCCCGUCGAUACAUGCACGUUCCUUGGCCGCCGUCAGCGAUCCCUUGAUAGUACAGCCUCUACUCGUAUCACGGCGAUCGAGGGUCCUCUUGGCAAGAAUGUGCAGGCUGGUCUCGCACUGUACAAGGACUCGAUACGAUCCGCAUACAUCGCCUUCGAUUUUGCCACGAAUUCACUAGUCUAUUCUAUCCACAACUCGGCGUCAGGUCUCAGCGGCCGCAUCUCCCGCAAGAUUUUCGGUAAAGUGGAGGAGGUGGAGUUGCGCAUCUAG